AAAUAAACUAACAUGGGUACGUGAAACCAUGCAGGGCUUGCACGUCUCUCCAUGACGAGAGAUGAACAAAAACUAACGAAAUCACUCUGAAGGUUAGAGGCACCGUUUCAUCCUGGACAUCGCACAGCUGAACGGCGGCUCCGCGGACUGUACGCUGCUUUGACGGGUUGCCUCGCCUUUCCAGGUCGGUGGGUCGCUCGGUAGUGUCGGUGGGUCGGACACCCGGGCUGCUACGAUGCGUGUCCGCUGCUCCACGAAGCUCCGUCGGGGAAGUGAAUCUUUCACCGGAUGAUGGACAGGAACUACCCGACCUCCAGCUUUGCGGACGCGCUGGCUGCUCCAGCACAGACCGUAGCUUCAUGGGCCUAUGACCGCAGCACGGCUAGUGUCAAGCCCAGUUCCAGUUAUGGUGCAGCACACCUUGAUGCAGAGCUCCUCCAGCGGCAAAGCUACACUUCUGCCCACCAGCUUCCCACCUACACUACAUCACAUCUCCCUGCUGCAGCAGGAGCACUUGACUCAAGCAGUAAUACUUCUGAGACCUCAAUCAUGAGCUUCCUGUCGGCCAUGGAGUCUAGAAGCCUUCAGGCUGGUCCUGUUAGUGCCUCACUGCUUCCUCCUUUUAGACCCCCGUCAUGGCCUGCUGGUACCAACUCCUCCACAACAGAACUGUAUUUGACCGGAGCCCUGCCUUCUACUGCCACUUUCCCCUCUCCUGCUACUCUGUCGUCCUAUCAGCACACUGGUGCCUACCCUCCAAGGAGUUAUGCCACCAACCCAUCCUUGGCUCUCACGGAUCCUGCCUUCAGCACUUCCACCAAUGGCCUGUUUUCUCACCAUGACCCCCUCCUCCAUCUCAAACCCAGCCAGACUGCACUGGCCUUCAAUCAUCUACCCGCCCCUGCUUUGAGCUCAGCUCUGCCUGUUCAGUCCUCCACUUAUCGCUCUGCCCAGGAGUCCGCCCCCCACCUCCUACAGCCUCAGUUUAGCCUGCUACCCUCUACCCUGUCUGCUCCUCAUGGUGCUCCACAGCCAUAUGGAGCAACAGUUUUCUCAGGCUCCAUUGAAAGAGCUCUUCAGCGUGAAUGUAGUGUGAUUAAACACCACCAGAGGCCUUCUAGCAGCCAAACAGCCUCAGAGCAAUUGCCUGAUUCAGAGCACUCCUUACAGGGAUACUUUAGCUCUGCUAAUGAAGGGGAUGUGUCCUACCAGCAGGACCCGUCCCGUCAGACACCAGUGUCCUGCAGCCCUUCCACAGGCACAGAUUCCUCUCAAGGGGUCAAUCAUGCUCCACAACCCAAAUCAGACUCAGUUACUCAAGCUUAUUCGUCCACUUCUUUGCCGAAGGCUGAAGACUGUUCUUCCAAACUAGCUCAACACUCUGCAGGCGGUGAAGAGAGUCACAAACACUCUCAGCACCUUACAGCAGGGUCUCCGGAGCAUUAUGCCCCCCCAGGUCAAAAACAGAGCUCUGUGAUUGCUAAUCAGCAGACGGUUCAGCUCUCCAACCUUAGUCUCACUCAAACCUACAUCACCCCUCACACCCAGUCUCAGAGCUCUAACACCACAUCCAACAAACUCUCUCCCCUUUACAAGACUCUGCCUUCCCUCUCCAGUCAGUCGGACAAUGUUGCAUCUGUGAGUCAGACUCUAGUUUACUCCUCCAGUCCUGGGCUAAGCCAGGAGCAGCAGAUCCAGUAUGGAGCCCAAGUCCAAGGCUUGUGUCAGGGGAAUCUCUCAGAGAGCUACCCCACAUCCCACUCUCAGGGUGCCUCAAAUGUGACUUUUACAUCUCACUCACAAGGGCAAGCCUCGGUAUCUCUGUCCCAGAGUUACGCCACAGGACAAUCUCUUAAUCAAUCCCUUGAUUCACCGUACCCAUCCACCUGUGUGCAGAGUCUACCCACAUCAAAUUCUACACAGGAUUACACCCUCAUGCAGCCUUCACUGGAGGGGAAAACACAUAACUCUCUGUCCCAUCAGCAGACAAUGCCACACAAAUAUGUCAUGUCUUCACAGUUGCCUACCUACUCUUCCACUGCUCAAGCCUUACAAAACAAUGUUAGGUCCUCAAUCCAGGACAUUAAGCCAACAUAUGGCAAACAGAAACUUGAAGAGCUUCCCAUCCAGGACCUUGAAGCUCUCCAGCAGGCAUCUUUGGAAGCCUCUGCUGCAGCUAGCAAUAUGUCAGCUCAUAACAAUGUCAUCUAUGUUGUGUCAAAAAUGGAUGAUCUUUACAAAACGCAAAGUGUUAUAAGAAGCAAUUCACGUUCUGAGGAGCAGCACAUGGGGCUGGGCCAAGCAAACACAGCACAGGUAAAGGAUGACCGGACUGUUUCUCUGAACCAACAGCAUGUUCAUUUAAGCAGUACCAAUGGACACGAUACAAACAACACAAAAACCACAAACUCUGGUAUUAUAUCCUCACAUGUGCCCCUUAGCUCAGAACAGCUCAAGCAGCACUCUCUUCAACUCAAAUCUCCUGAUCCACAUCAACAAAACCACCUGAAUCAUAGUCAGUCUCAGAGUCAGACCCCUGCUUCCCACAGCCAGUUCAUUACUGUCCCUAGCACUCAGGUUCUCCUCGAGCAUAACCAGAUGAUUCUCCUCCAACAGCCCCUCCUCCAGCAUGCUCAAAACACUUCUAAGGUGAUAUCAGUGCAAGGUAUCCAACACGCCCAGGAUUUGGGCCCUGUCCACGUCCAGUAUCUUCAGAUGGAUCGAGAGCUGCUGGGUGCGAGUGCCACUGAAACCCAUAACCAGCAGGACACAGUAGUGUCCGAGCAGAGCUCGGGGUGCCCCAAUGCCUCUAAACACCACUACAGCCAGUCAGUGAACCAGCAACCCAACGAUGCCAAGAACCACUUUGCCCUCAACUCUAUUUGCUUCCCUGACUCAAUGCUGCUGGCUGAUGACAGGAAUAUUUUGUCAAAUGUUGAUGACAUCCUGGCUGCCACAGUAGCGGCCUGUGGCGUCACACCUCAAGACUUUGUCAAAGCUACAUCUUCUGCUGAGGCUGAGAUGGCGGUAAUGGCAAGUCCAGUUGAUUCUAAGGGACACUUCCAGACGGUGGAUAUAAGGCACAUGUCCCCAAGUUUCACCAACACCAACUCCCACACCAUGGCCAUGACACUAAAUGGAGCUCAGAUGGCUGCAGACUGUCAGAGUCAGUCAGUUCACCACAAUAACAGCUCUGACCUCAACACAAAUGGAGAUGGAGGGAGCUCUGAAAAUGACUAUCACAUAGCUGGGCAGGUGUAUGACCCCUCAGGUCUCCAGAGCAGAGUGAAGGGGAAUUUAAAGUGUAUUAAAACAGAGGAUGGCCUCAUGGACAGCCCAGGAGGGGAAGACUUUCUAAAAAAGAAAGCCCGCUCUAAGUCCUUAACCAAACCAGUCUGUCCUGAGGAGGACAGUGGACAGGCCAAGCAGGCCAAGCGGAGUGGACAGGCAAAGCGGCAAAACUCCAGAGGCAGUGAAGUCGGCUCGCCAUCUUCCACACAGAAUGUAUACGAUGGUUGUCCACAGCAGGAGAGGAUCCGGCAGAAGAUCCGGGAAGUAGAGGAAAAACAGCCAGAGGUCAAAACUGGCUUCAUCGGCUCUUUCCUAGACUUCAUCAAAUCUGGCCCCAAACAGCAAUUCUCCCCAAGUCCUACAAGAACCAUUAGUCGACCCAGAAAGCCCUGCCCCACGUACAAACCACCGCCGUGUACUUUGCCGUCUUUGCCUUCUAAACUGCAGACUCUGCCAGGGCCUUUGAUUCCACAGGAGAGUCAAGGAGUAAGCGCUCAGCAGAAACGCCUGGAGGAAGAUCUACAAAAGAACUUGGAGACUUUGCCAUCGUUCAGUUCAGAUGAAGAGGAGAACACUGGGAAGAACCAGGCCCUGAGAAACAGCAUUACAUCAGCACUUUCUGCUCUGGAUGAGUCCACGGAUCGGAAAACCAGGACAGCACAUUCCUAUAUUUGCAACCCCUCUCCAGAUAACCUCAUCCCUGGUUCAAUGAUGAAGCCUAACCAAGUUCCCACCAUGCCACUCCCUGUCACCGAGGCCCACUUGUUGCAAGUUGCUGCUCCUAUACAGACAACAAGUGCUGUGCCAAGAGGGACUCCCUUUGUGCCUAAAGAGGAGUCCAAAGAGACCCCUCCUGGCCAGCUUGCUGUGAGGCUGAUGGGUGUGGCCAUCGAGGGACUGACUGAUGAGGAGCUGUCUGACAGCGGAGGGGAGGGCAUGUACAGAGAGAGGGAUGAGUUUGUAGUCAGGAACGAGGACAUCGAGAGCUUAAAGGUAACAAUGAGAGAAGGCAGUGAGCCUCCAGCCAUCUGGAAAGUCCAGAAGGCUCUGCUGCAGAAGUUUGUACCUGAAUUGAGAGAUGGGAAGAGAGUCUUCUCAGCCACUAACAGUUAUCUUGGAUACUUCGGUGAUGCCAAGACCAUGUACCAAAGGGUGUACGUGAAGUUCUUGGACACAGUUAACAAAAGAGAGUAUGUACGAGUUUGUAGUCGGAAGCCGCGCUACAAGCCUAUGAACUCCCUGAGGGGUGUUCAGGUGAAAACGUUGCUGGGCUUGACAGCAGCACCUUCCUCAGUGUCCCCAAGCCAAAAGCCUCGACCCAAACAGCUCAAGCCGCGGGCAGAGCCCCCACCCAAGAAGAGGAGGAAAUGGAAGGAGGAGUUCUCACCUACUGCCUCAGGGUCGUCUGCAGAGGAAGGUGGUGAAGACGAUGAGUUGAACCCUCCAGUGCCAUUUGCUUCACGUCUCCUCAACACACGAACCAUGAAGGAGACGUUCAAGAGUUUCGUGGAGCUGCUCAUCAGUAUUGCCUUAGAUGAAGAUGUGAUCACAGCACUUGAGAGGGCAAACGAUGAGCUGCUGCUGCCACACAUGAAAAGAGUGGACGGGAUGAUCACAGACAACAGGAAACGCCUGCUUCACAAACUGCACAUAGGGCAGGUCCUAAAGACGGCUUUAGACAGUUUUCCCGAGAUCUCAGUGGUGACUGAACUGAAGAAGGAUGGGGAAACCCCGGCCUUCAAGGUGCGUCUCAGUGGGAAGGCUUACAACAAGAAAACCAUGAAACCUUACAAGAUGCCCAACAAAGUGCCACAGGAGUACACCGUGGACCAGCAGAAAACUCAGUGGUUCUCUCUGUACCACUCUCUACAGCACUACAAGUACCACACGUACCUCAUGUGUAAGGAUGAGAUCGCAUCCCUGCGGCUGCAGGUGGGGGACCUGGGGCAGGAGGAGACGGUACAGAAGUGUCUGCAGAACGGGGCGUGGGUGGAGGGGCUCUUUGAUCGCUUUGGAGAGCUGAUCAAUCAAGUGCAGCAGGCCUGCCGUUGAUCCAGCUCUGCUGAGCGUGGUUUUAAAACAAGAAAACUGAAACAUCUUAAAAUGAGAGGAUGCCUCCAGCAGAGCAGGAUUGAGUGGGUCCUUCCAGCCACAGAGAGAUUUGAAUCAGGGACCUGUCAGACGAUGUGCCUGAAGACAUUCAGUGGCUAGUGGCCUAUCAGUGGCUGCAGGUGAACAGCGGGAUAGUUGAUUAUAUCCAACAGAAAGCAGCAACUUGAUGAGCAGGACAAGGACUUUGUCCUUGGAAGCAUUUUGGGAGACUUCCACUUCAUGCCUCUCCUAGUCUUUGUAGGUUUUUGUAGUUACAAGCCCACUUUUUACGGGCCUUUUCAUAGAUUUCUAUUGUUUUUGUAAUCUUUUUUGUUGUUAAAUGCCAGAUUAUAACCCGUGAGUAUGCACUAGAUAGAAAGCAGUUGGUAUAGAAAGUAGUGCACAGCAAAUAAAACCACAGAAUUCUGAUUGCUUACAGUAAUAACAAGCUUUCAUCAAUCAUUUGAUAAGUAUACUCACACAGAUAGGUUGAUUUAUUGUAAAAAGAAAAACUAUAUAUUAUAUAUAACCGUAGCUAUAUACUGUUUGUAAAGCAUCCAUUUUAAUAAUGGAGCACAAUCUUAUACAUAAUGUACAUUUUGUAAAAAAAAAAAAAAAACAACAACAAAAAGGCAGAGAUGUGGGAACUACAGCAGUCCUUUUAGUAAUUGUUUACUUCAUGUAAACUGUGGUUUCACUUCUGUGCUUCAAACAGCCCUUAGCUUUUAAGAAACGAGUUGGUGCCGUUCCAGGACUGUUUUCUGAACUGUGUUAAUCAAACAUUUAUUACCUUGGCUUAUCAGAGGGCAAAAUGAAAGAAAUAAAAGUUGUCUUUAUACUCUUUUUCAGACAUAGCCCACAUUUUAUGACAAAUAGAUCUAUAUUUUUCACAGAGGUAAAUAUUGUUAUGUUAUCGUGUUCAUUAUGAGACUGUUUUUCAUUGUUUUUAAUCACUGUUUUCCCAAAAGGACUCUUUAUAACUCAAUUACAAACUUUAUGCUAUCAAAAAUAAUCUUGUUCUUUACAGAUGCAGUUUGUAAAUAAAGAGCCGCAUGUAUUAGUUGA